UGCUGAGCUCGUUGACAGUUUCCGGCGCGCUCUUCCGCUCUGCUGUGCGCGUGAGUGUCAGAUUGCGAUUAUUAGUUAUUGAUUAUUGUAAUAACAGUCUCUGACAUCGACGAACUCAGCCGUAGCUGGAUCCGACCACAGCGAAGGUGAACAUGAUAAAAGCCAUUCUGAUAUUUAAUAAUCAUGGCAAACCACGGCUAUCAAAAUUCUACGAGCAUUACACCGAAGACACAGAGCAGCAGAUCAUCAGAGAAACCUUCCACCUGGUGUCCAAACGAGACGAGAACGUGUGCAACUUCCUGGAGGGAGGACUGUUAAUCGGCGGCUCAGAUAACAAGCUGAUCUACAGACACUACGCUACGCUGUACUUCGUGUUCUGCGUGGAUUCGUCCGAGAGCGAGCUGGGCAUUCUGGAUCUGAUCCAGGUGUUCGUGGAGACGCUGGAUAAAUGCUUCGAGAACGUCUGUGAGCUGGACCUGAUCUUCCACAUGGAUAAGGUGCACAACAUCCUAGCGGAGAUGGUGAUGGGCGGCAUGGUGCUGGAGACCAACAUGAGCGAGAUCAUCACGCAGGUGGAGGCACAGGGCAAGAUGGAGAAGUCUGAGGCUGGGAUCGCGGGGGCUCCGGCUCGUGCCGUGUCGGCCGUCAAGAACAUGAACUUGCCAGAGAUGCCCAAGAACAUCAACAUCGGGGACAUCAGCAUCAAAGUGCCAAACCUGCCGUCUUUUAAAUAGUGACCGCUGCACAGAACUGUGAGACUGUGUUUACCUGAGUCCAGCUGAUCUUGAGUUGCAUCACAGACGAAGAAGGCACUGUGUGAUGCUGUCUAUGAAGUAUUUAUUUGAUUCUUCUGUCCUCUCUCACUCUCUCUCUCUCUCUGUGUGUGUUUAAAUGUGUGUGUGUGUUUCGGUUUGAGUGUGUUUGUGUGUGUGUGAGAGUGUUUAAAUGCGUGUGAGUGUG